AUGAGCGCCGAGGUUAAAAAGGAGGUAGCACCCGAGAGGGUGAGCCCUCCGGUGGGCCUGUCGGUAUCGCCAGGCAACAUUGGACCUGGUGAUCCAAAUCGCCACUUGCCCCCCUUCAGCAGUUUCUCCGGUGACGUAUCAAUGGACACUGGUACAACAUUGACAACCCUUCACAGCCAAGACGUUGGUCUUGGUUUGACAUCCUCGUGGGAUUACUACGAGGGUCUGACUGGUAGACUCAUAGACUCGAGGGGUGAAGUUGUAUUGGCAAGUCAGUACCGUCCCUGGGAGUCUAAGCAUGGGCUACAUCAGAAUCCCGAUGGUCUGCCGAGUUUUGCCAGUCAAUUUGCACCACCGAGUGAAUCAGAGCCACAGUUGACAGCGCUCACACCUCUGUCACCAGCCUCGGUAUCACAUUCACCACCUGUCACGUCGGCCGUUGGUCUGCCAAGUUUUCACACACUUGGUUCACCACUUCCACCACCGCAUCAUCCACACAGAGCGCCUGUUGGUUAUCCCCUGGUGCCAGCGCCUGUUCAGGCACGCGAAGUACCAGCACUUCAGCAACAAAUACUCGAUGAGAGACACAUUCAACUGCUUGGCUCAAAUCCAGUACAGGCAUUUGCACCACCUGCUGGACAUCAUCACACAGUUCUCACUGUUGUCAAGCAGGAGUAUCCUCAGCUGCAUCACACCAACUUUCAAAAUCCCAUGUCGACGGUUCUCGACUCGUCGCCGUCGGCAAGGAUCGACGGUAGAAAAAAGGAGAGGAGAAAAAAUCGUGGUGACUCCAUGGAGUCAGAGGAUGGCAGUGGCAAUGUUGAGUCAUCUGGACAAGUUGCUGCUGUAUCCUCAACUGGAAAUCGCGGUCCUCACGGACAUCUCGGUGGAGGCGUCGGUGAUGGUGAUGGGGAUGGGGGACUCGGGGAUAAACCCGCCAAAAAGAAGCGCAAAAGAUGCGGCGAGUGCAUCGGCUGCCAGCGAAAGGACAACUGCGGCGAUUGUGCACCGUGCAGAAACGACAAGAGUCAUCAGAUCUGUAAGAUGAGGAGGUGCGAGAAACUCACGGAGAAAAAGCAUUUAUACCACCUCCAAACGGGAGAAGGUGCAUUCCGAGAGCGAGGGAGAGGCCGAGGAAAGGGUACAACAAGGAGUUACCGAAAAAUAGCGAGACAAGUGAGUACUCCAGACAGUGCGCCAACAGGUCUUGGCAGUCCUCAGGCUGGUAUUGGUGGUCUCCAACAGCAUCAGGCACCCCAGCAGCAGCAACAGCAACAGCAGCAGCAAAAUCAGCAGUCAAUUCACACUGAUCCCAUGCAGCAGACCAAGGACAACCUCAAUCCCGCAGCGAAUCAGCAAUCGGGUGUAUUGAGGAACGGAAAUCCACCGCCUCCAGUCGUCUCAAUGUCACCGGGGGUGAUGCCGUUUUAUGGUGACACUGGAGCUGGAUUUAGACCAGCAGCUGGAUUUGGCAAUGCCGUAUGGCACCAAGGAGUUGCCCCAGUGGGUGCUGUCACGGUUGAGGCAACUCCAGCUGCAUGGCCACCUCAGCAAUUUAUCCAGCAAAUUCCACCACCCAAUCAGCUCGACGAGCUGAGAUAUCACACGCAAUACAGUGCUGCAACCCCUUAUCAUCCUCAAGCAGUGACAUACCAGCAGCAGGCGUUCAUCGCAACGGAUCAAUCGGCCUUUCAGCGUGCAGGUAGCACAGGCCAAUACACGAUAACAGGGCAACCAUCGCCCCUAGCCCCAGUGGCACCCCAAACAGGUGCCCCACCCUCCCAAAGACCCCUAAAUGGUCAAUUCAUGGACCCAGCAGCUACCCCCAACCAAUCGGUUGGUUACGAACGCCAGGAGUACGUCAACGGCUACCAGCAACAGGACGUUACAAUGGCACCACCACCCUCAACAACACCAAAUAGCCGGAGUAGUUCAGUUCACAUGGAGCAACAGCAACAGACUAAUCAACAGACACCCCAGACAGGCCAGAGUGAUACGCAAGUCAAGGGAUUUGCUACGAUAGCUACAUCAAAUGUGUCGGGAAACGAGAUGCCUGGGUAUCCACUUCAACAGGGCCCACAGAGUUCACACAGCUCUAACGGAUAUCCAGGCUACAUUGAAAUGGGUCAACAGCCACAGUCACAGCCACAGACACAGCAGCAGCAACAGCAGUCAAAUCAGUGGCAGAAUCAGAAUCAACAGCACGUGCCAAGACAGCCGUCCGUGUCUGAUGCGAGUCAAGGCGCCCUGUGGUCAGACACAAACUCAAGUGCCAAGAUGGGUAACAAUGGUAUGACAUGGUCCGACAACAGAAUGCAGAAAAUUGAGGGGAGUAUGCAGAUGCAGGGACAGCAGGAGGUAUCGAGACCGGGGAGUCAUAUGAGUUGGGAGAAUGGAAAUGUGAAGGAGCCACAGACACCUCAGUCAUGGCAGGAGAGUGGUGAGGGACAGAUGCAGGGAGGACAGGCGAGUUGGCCACAGCAGAGUCCCAAGAUGAGGGAGAGUCAGAAUCCCAGGCUGACACCUUCGUCGCAGUCACAGGGUCAGCAGUCAGGCUGGCCACAGCACUCGCCCAAAUUGCCUGAUCAUCAGAAUCAGCAUCAGAAUCAAUCUCAAAAUUCCAGAAUGACACCAUCGGGUCAGCAUAACUGGCAGCAGAAUAGUCCAGAGAUUCAGGGACAGAAUAGUAAUCAUCAGAAUCAAAGACUGACACCCUCCGGCCAGCAGUGGCAACAGGGCCAGACGAAGAUCGAUCAGAAUCCAAGAUUAACACCAUCGAAUCAGAUGUCAUGGCCGGAUACACCUACUAGUCAACCAAAUUGGUCACCAAAUAGUAUGAAGAGUGAUGGUAGCCAGCAGCCGCAGCAGCAAUGGCCCGACUCACAGCCAAGUCCGAGGAGAACGCCUGGGCAUCAGCCAGCUGCAUGGCAGAGUCAGGAUCAGAAAAUUGAUAAUCAGAUGAACUGGUCGCCAUCGUCCACGGAUAAUCAAUCGUGGGGCCAGCAGAGUAAUAAACAGGAUAUGCAGAAUUCGGGGGAGAGAAUUAUCUGGCAGGGGGCGGAUAACAAAUCCAAUGGCUAUCAAGAGACUGAUGGAAGCAGGCCAUCGUCCAAUCUUCACAGUCGACUGAGAUCCAUGAUUCUGGAUAAACAGCAGGCACAGCAGCAGAUACAGCAGAAUCAUGGUCAUCAUUUGCCACAGGGACAUCAAAAUCCAAACGGUUCUAAUGAUUUUGCAAGUGAUGAUAGAAUACGAGACUCACACGAGGGGAGUGAUAAGGGACAGGAGAAGAGACCAGAUCAGUAUAUUAAUCAGUCGUCGAUGAUGGCUGUUAGUCAGGGAAGUGAAUCCAUGACCGGUAAUUUUUUAUUGCAUAGCCACCACCCUCGUGACGAUAGUUUGCACGAUGGUGGUGGCUUAUGGGAGUGGACAGGAGGUGGUAAUGCUAAUUCGGAUAUUAUACACAAUGCUGAAGGGAUUCAGGGAUUUGGGGAGUAUGGUAGAAAAAGAGAGUGGGGUAGUCAGACUGAGAGUGAUAAGGACAACAAGUCCUUUCAGGAGAGACUUGGUAUUGUACCUGGUGAUGACAAGAUGGACAAUCAGGUUGUAGCAGGAGGUGGUGAUGGUGUUGUGGAGAGAGUGGAGGGACUGGAGAGAGGGGAGAGAGAGGAGAUAGAGAAUCAGGGGGAGAUGGGGGAGAUGGGGGAGAGAAAGGAGAACAAGGAGAUGGAGAGACCAAGUGGAAAUUUAAACGAGGAGAAAAAAUCAAUUAAAGAGGAAGAGCACAGUCAUGAGUACAAUUGUCUAGAGUCUGAGUCUCAGGGAUCGGAGAGUCUUUCAAAGACAAUAAAGAGAGAAUCUGAUCAAGAGGAGAUUGACAGUGACUAUAAAUUCAGGGGUGAUGGUGGUCCUUUGAAAUUGUCGACAGAGACUGGAUCGUGGUGUUGUCGACGUGGUGGCACUGAUCAACCAACACCUGAACACCUGCGAGAAGGGUGCUGUCAGGGCCUACAGACUCAGGAUGAAAUAAUAGCUGAUUCACCGGCUAAAGCCAGUGAUGUUAAGAAUGAACCACCCGCUAGUCCAAAAACACCAACAGCUAAACAUCAGGAGCACCUCGACAAACUCAAGAACAAUGUAAGGACUGAAGUGCCCGACUGCGACUGCUUUCCAGCUGAUAAAUGUCCUCCGGAGCCCGGCUCGUACUACACUCAUCUCGGGGCUGCGGCUAGUCUCCCUGAAUUGAGAAAUGAUCUUGAGAGGAGGACUGGAUUGAAGGGAAGUGCCAUUAGGCUUGAGAAGGUUGUUUAUACGGGCAAGGAGGGCAAGACUACACAGGGAUGUCCCAUGGCUAAAUGGAUACUUCGGCGUUCAGGACUAGAGGAAAAAAUCCUAUCAAUCGUGAAGCAUCGUCAAGGCCACAAAUGUGCAACAGCUUGGAUCGUCGUGGCAAUGGUGGCCUGGGAGGGUGUACCAACUCACGAGGCUGAUCGAAUCUACUCUCUGCUGACUCACAAACUCAAUCGCUUCGGUCUCCCAACAACCAGGAGAUGUGGCACGAACGAGCCACGAACUUGCGCCUGUCAGGGCCUAGACCCGGACAGCUGUGGGGCUAGUUAUUCAUUCGGUUGUUCCUGGUCGAUGUACUACAACGGCUGCAAGUACGCACGGAGUAAGACAGUCAGGAAAUUUCGAUUGUCUGUGAGGACUGAGGAGCAGGAGGUGGAGGAACGAAUGCACGUUCUGGCGACGCUGUUGUCACCUCUGUAUCUCAGUUUGGCACCAGAGGCAUUCAACAAUCAGACGCAAUUUGAACGUGAGGCCAGUGAGUGCAGGUUGGGGUUCAAGCCAGGCAGACCUUUCUCUGGUGUCACAGCUUGCAUGGACUUCUGUGCGCAUUCACAUCGUGAUCUCCAUAAUAUGAACAACGGUUGCACAGUGGUGGUGAGUCUCACGAAACAUCGUUCGCUCUCUCGCCCUGAGGACGAGCAGCUCCAUGUGCUCCCACUAUACAUAAUGGAGGACACUGACGAGUACGGUUCGAAGGAUGGCCAGCAGGAGAAAAUAAAGGCUGGGGCUGUGGAAGUCCUAACGAAGUAUCCAUGUGAGGUGCGAGUGAGAUCAGUGCCCCUGCAGCCAUGCAGACGCCACGGAAAGAAGCGAAAGGAAGACGAGCCAGACACGGGAAUAUCGAAAAAAGAAGUGAAAACUCCAGAAAAAGAUUCACGUGGAGUGCCUGGGAGAGAGCCCCAGCUGUCCCUGGAGAUGGCGUCGAUGUUCGAAGGAAUGGACGCUCAACUCCAGAGCUCUCAGGUAUCCUCAACGGUUCUGGACUCUCCAGUUUCGAUGUAUCAGGGCUGGGGGUAUCAAGGUGACCAACAGUGGAAUCGGAACAACUGGCUGGACCAGAGAAAGAACAACUGGUUAAAUCCCUGGGGGGACUACUCCUUCGGUGGUCUUGACAGAGACAAUAAAGUCGAUCCUGACAGCACGAGCCUCGACGACACGAGGCCAAGGUCAUCCAUGCCCCAAGACCUGGAGCACAGGCCAAGAUCAAGGAAUCUUCCUCACUCGACAGUGGAAUCCCCGCGAGUCAACUACAACCAACCGAGAGGCCACCCGAUAUCUCCAAGAAAUUCUCACCCCUCUCCAGGGGAAGUCUACGCAAUGUCACCGAGACCCCAGGACCCGAGGGCAUCUCCAAGAAGUUCUGGCUAUCCACCAGCCUCCAGUGAUCCAAACUACAGCAUCCAGUCGACUCAAAAUCGAAUCUAUCCACCAGCUUCUCCACGACUCGUUUACAUUAAUUCUCCGCAAAGGGCCCAACACCCAGUGCACCAGGACAUUCGCAAUCAGUCCCCAGGUCUUCAUCACUCUUUACCGUCACCAAAAUCACGUGUCAAUUACGCUCGACCACAGUACCAAGAGCCCCAAUCACGCUCCGACUAUACAAAUAAUUCGAGACACGAUCAGUCAGACUCGUUUAACUCACCAUCAAUUCCACCAUCAAAUACCGAUUUUACAAUGCAAUCACAUCACCAAGAGCAUGGACAAUACAUCGGUGUCAAUGAUGACAAGAAACUGGAUCAUCGUAACACAUAUCACAUGGAUGGAAAACCACCGGUUUACUGUAAUUACUCAGUGCCAUCAGAUCAAACAACUACUAAUUGCCCUGGUAAUUGGAAUGCACUGAAUACCUGGAGUAAUCCAGAAUGCCCAAAGGCAGAUAAUCACACGAGUCAGAUGGAAAAAUCCGGAGUGGAUCAAAAACAACAGUGUUGGGAGCCACCACCAGAUCCCUCACCGUUUCGUGUACCAAAGGGUCGGCCACCGUCCAGAACGCCAAAUCAGAGCCCGUCCGAAAAUUAUCAAAAUCCCACCGCAAAAACAUUCCUAAAACCACAGGAGCCAAAGCACGAUAUUUAUCCGGACACUGGCAGAGUAGUUUAUCCAAAUAAUCAUGAUAAAUUAUCCGAUUAUCACGAGAAUCGUCAGAAUGACAAUAGCCCCGGGUGGAAUGAGAUGAAGCAGGUGCAGGAGUUUCAUCCGAUGUCAGGACUAGGUCAUGCAUUUCCCCAGUACGGUUAUCACCCGAGUUACCCAGUAUUUGAUAAGCCAUACUCGAACUCAUGGGAGGGAUACAAUUAUCAGGGAUAUAACUACCAGAAUCAAGAGUUGUACCAGCAGCCAAAAAGAGAGCACUACCCCGGGCCUCAGUAUCCUUAUCAGGGUGUGCCUUAUCAGGGUCUGGGUUCGGGGUGGCCAAGGUGGGAGACUCCCAGGUGGGAUAUUUAUGGUCACCAUCCACCGUAUUUUCCAGUGCUACCUGAGCCUCCACCCAAGGCUGAGCCCCUCGGGGAAGUCGCUGACUUCUCUGACAACGAGGAGUGCUUCAAGGAUCCUCAGAUGGGAGGCGUUGCCAUUGCCCUCAGUCAUGGCAGUGUUCUCUUCGAGUGCGCUAAACACGAGAUGCACUGCACCACUGCCCUGAAGAAACCCAACCGACUCAGUCCUACGAGAAUAAGUCUCGUGUUCUAUCAGCACCGAAAUCUCAACCGACCUAGACACGGUUGGGACGAGUGGGAGGAGAAGAUGAGACUUCGUAAACUAGGUGUCACUCAGCCCUCGACAACAGCUACCACUACAAUAACAUCAGCACCAACAGCACCAACAGCACCAACAGUGUCCUCUGGAAUUGUUAAGCCUCUUGUAACGAGUGUCCCCAGCUCGCAGUUCAUGAUGAGAUCACCAACGUACACCACUAUGACCUGGACCACACUUUUUCCCAUGCAUCCUUGCAUGAUCACUGGCCCUUAUCAAGAGGGUGGUGCCAUAGGAUGAGCACCUGGGGACUCGUGACAAUCACCUCAGCUCACGUGUCUUCCGGGGCUCAUGUCCUCUAUUCGUUAGGGAUAAUGUCCGUUCAGGGAGAGAAUCCACUCGUUUUUUUGUAAUAAAUUGUUAAUUCAGACAAUUGCACUGCCAUUUUUCUAAUCCACUGGUGAGAGUGGAACAUCAAUGCGUACAUGAUACUUCCCGUUUUUUAUACAGAAGGAAAUAGACAGGUAGUUUAGACGUCAGGGUUUGGGGAUUUUUUGAGAGUACUGGGGAUUUGGUCUGACGGACUUGUUUCUUCGCGCUGUGAGGGUUUAGGGGUGGAUGCCAUGUCUUACUGUGCAAAGACUUUGAUAUGAUUAGGAUUUAUGAUUAAUUUGAGCUGAGAGACUAAGCUGGAAAGUUUUUUUAACUGUAUUUUCACUCGCUGGCUAUCGAUUUUUUGGAUAAUUUUUCAAUUGAAUUGUUUUUUCUUUUUGUUUUUAUUUUUUGGUAUCGGCUAGUCGAGGAACAAUUUGUGGUAAAGGAGGAUAUGUAUCUCACUGUGUUGUGCACCAGAAUGAUCUUCCCAACAUCACAGUUUUUUUUAAUCAUUUUAUUAGUUUCGGUCAGGAAGAGGUAAGAGUAACAAGUUGAAUCGUUCUCUAUUCGCGAUUUUGCGGAAUAUCUCUGAAUCUGAUGGAGACAGCAAUUUUUUUGUUAGUAGCUUUUUUAUGGAGCGGAUCAAGGGCUGCAAUAAAGGUUUAUAUAAAAAUUUAGCCAUCUCUAUUCGGUUGAGAGAUAUUUCCCUGAAAAGUUGGCAAGUGGUUAAAUCGAUUUGUUUCCCUCUACCUCUUGCGUACUGAUUUAUUUGGAUUUCUUGGAAUCUAGAUGAAGAUUAUCUUGUUAAUUAGUUGUACAGCCACCUGCACAAUCGAUGACGCAUCUCUCCUGGAGGCGAAUAUAAAGGAUGAACAAAAAUAAUGAUGAUGGAACCACAAUUAUGAUCUCAAGUUUUAAUUGACUAUUUUAGCGACAUUUUGUAAAUUUGUGCUUCGUUAUAUUUUGUAUUUAUUUUUUAACGCACCGAAUCAUGAUUUUUUAAAAUAACUCUCUCGUUUGCACUAGCCGUCAAACUGAGUUGACAUUUAACAUGUUUAAUCGAUUUACUAACCACUCGCCAGAAAGUGGCGUUUGAGUACAAAGCAUUUUAUUCCUUCUAACAAUCAUUAAGACACGAAGACUUUUAAAGUGAUUUUCAAUUUUUCGUGGGGGGACGAGCAUCACAAGGUAGUCUGUACCUUAUCAAAUUUUCUCAAUGAUACCAGCCCCCUGUAUCUUGUGAAAACUCCUUUCUAUUCUAAAUUAUUACCUACAAACUUCAAAAUCUAUGACACUGAGGAUCAAAAACUUUUUAUUUUAAUUAUUGAGGAUAAACCAUUUAUUUAUAUUACCGAAUUUUGUAAAUACUAGGUGAUUGUUUUUCAUAUAUUUUCACCCUGUCAUUCUUCGAUUAUUUUUUUAUCCAAUUACAAAGAAAAAAAAAUUUGUAAUUUCUCUGUCAUUCAUUUUUAAAACCUAGAUUAUAAAAAAAGGAUCGACGAUGCUCCAGCAAUCGUACAAUUGCAUUAAAAAAAAUCUUAUUUAUUUAUUUGUCGUGACUAUUUUACAAUUCAAUGCGAUAUCGAUCCUCGAGUGAGCAAAUUUAGCAUCAUUUAGACGAUUAUUGAAUCAUUUGUAACAAUUAGCGGUACACCGUCGUUAGUGAUAGUGAUGAGUGGGGAAAAAAAAUUGAGAAAAGAAAAGGGAAAAAAAAAAUGAGAUAAAUACGUGAAAAAUCUGUUGACGCCUCGACGUGCGCGGGAUCGAGGCAGGGAUUAUGAGUGAAUAAAUGAAAUAAGAUAAUUGUGGCUACUCGUCACUCCC